CCGGACCCACCCUUUCCUCUUCCCCCUACUCUAUAAGAACACCACCAGACCAAUCGCUUCAAUUCUAUCUCCGCUUCACCUCCCAGAGUCUUCAAAUUUAGCCUGCAGACUAAGAAUGGCACCGUACAGCAACGAUAGCUCAUCUGUUUAUCAAGGAGAAUCAAGCAGCCACAGCCAUUCGGUUUCGGUCCCGCCCCUGAUUGUAUCCUACAAUGAUCGCAUUCGUCCUCUCCUUGAUGCCGUGGAUAAGCUUCGUCAUCUCAUGAUCAUGAGAGAAGGCAUCCAACUGCCUACCAUAGUUGUUGUUGGUGAUCAAUCAUCAGGAAAGUCUAGUGUCCUCGAGUCGUUGGCCGGGAUCAGCCUACCUCGAGGUCAGGGCAUCUGCACCAGGGUUCCUCUAAUAAUGAGGCUCCAAAAUCACCCCAAUCCGGAACCCGAGCUCUUCUUGGAGUACAGCGGAAAAACGGUCCACACAGAUGAAUCCUUCAUUGCUGAAGACAUCAGUACAGCCACAGAGGAGAUUGCUGGCAGUGGCAAAGGGAUAUCAAAAACGCCACUGACUUUGAUUGUGAAGAAAAAUGGUGUUCCUGAUCUUACAAUGGUUGAUCUCCCUGGGAUUACAAGAGUGCCUGUUAAAGAUCAGCCUGAAGAUAUUUAUGACCAAAUCAAAGAUAUAAUCAUGGAGCAUAUUAAGCCAGAAGAGAGCAUCAUCUUGAAUGUCUUGUCUGCAACCGUUGAUUUUCCGACUUGUGAAUCGAUACGAAUGUCUCAGAGUGUCGACAAGAUCGGGAUGAGAACGUUGGCAGUAGUGACUAAGUCGGACAAGGCACCAGAGGGCCUACAUGAUAAGGUCACUGGGGACGAUGUCAACAUCGGGCUUGGUUAUGUUUGUGUCAGGAACCGAAUCGGUGAUGAGUCGUACGAGGAAGCUCGAGUUGCAGAAGCUAAACUGUUUGCAACUCAUCCUCUUCUCUCCAAGAUUGACAAAUCUGUUGUAGGCAUUCCAGUAUUGGCUCAGAAGUUGGUGCAAAUUCAAGCAGGUAGUAUAUCAAGAUGCAUGCCUGAAGUUGUCAAGCAAAUCAACGAAAGGUUAACUACAAAUAUUGCGGAGCUCAAUAAGAUGCCAAAGAAACUAUCAACAGUUGCUGAGGCAAUGACAACGUUCAUGCAGAUCAUAGGACAAUCCAAAGAGUCCCUCCGAAAAGUUCUCCUCAGGGGAGAAUAUGAUGAGUUUCCCGACGACGAAAAGAUGCAUUCGACAGCCAGAAUGGUCGAAAUGAUCAAUCAAUUCUCCGGCGAGCUUCACAAGUGUAUUGGAACGGACAACACAGCCAACUUCCUAAUGGAAGAGAUCAAAGUGUUGGAGGAAUCCAGAGGCAUUGGACUUCCAAACUUCCUCCCCCGCACAGCCUUUCUCUCAAUCCUUCAAAGGAAAGUGAACUUAAUAUCAAAUUUACCAGUUGAAUUUGUCAUGAAAGCUUGGGAUUACAUUCAGGUCAUUGUUCUUGCUGUGUUGAUGCGCCAUUCUGAACAUUAUCCACAGCUCCAACAGCCCAUCAGACGAGCAGGUAAAAACGUUGUCGAGGCGAUGAAAGACCGAACUGUGAGUUGGAUAACAGAGAUUGUAGAAAUGGAGAAGCUCACAGACUAUACAUGUGAUGCUGAAUACACAACCGAAUGGAACAAGCUCAUGGCCAAUCAAGGGACAUUCUUGAACCAGGUGCUGAGAAGCGAUUCACAUCCAGCUUCUGUGGUCCUUAACGGGUUCGGAAUCGUCGAAGUGGGGAACCUGUGGCAGCAUCCAGAUUGUCUUGAGCAGGCUUUCGAUCUGAAGAUGAGGAUGACGGCAUACUGGAAGAUUGUUUUGAGGAGAAUGGUGGACAGCACGGCGCUGUACUUGCAGUACAGUGUGCAGAAUCUAGUGAACAAGGAGAUUGAGAAGGAGACAAUUGGGGAGCUGAUGAGGGAGGGCGGGGGAGGGAUUGAGAGGCUGUUGGAGGAGUCGCCAUCGCUGUCUGUAAAAAGGGAGAAGCUGAAGAAGAGCAUCAAGGUUCUGAAGGAGUCCAAAGAGGUUGUAGGGAACAUUGUGGAUUCUGUAUCUGUGUCCUCCCAAGUGGUGGGCGAGUGAACUCAUAUUUCAUGGUACUUUCCAUUUUUAAUGCUUUGGAGUUUGUGUCUUUUUAUAGUUUAAAAACAGAUUUCAUUAGUAGAAUGAAAUCAUACAAAAGAGAGACGCAUCCAGCGGUAUGGCAAAACAAGUCUCCAGCUAUGUAAUAGAGAAUUUAAGCUAUUGUAAUGUCCAUUGUUGCUUCCGCUUUA